AUGAAGGAUGCCAAAAGUUCAAGCGCAGCAAAUAUGUCAACUAGUUGUGACACCGAUGAUGAACUUUUGACGGUUAUGGAUGAAGAGCAUAAUGGUGAAGUCAUGGCACAUUCUUCUGAAAGGAAUGGUAGCAAGAUUUUGUUGGGAGACAAAACAAGCUGUGAUGUUUUGGGCAUGGGAAUAGUGAAGAUCAAGAUGUAUGAUGGUAUUGUUAAGGGCCUUAGUAAGGUGAGGCAUGUAUCGGAACUAAGAAGGAAUCUUAUUUCCCUUGGCACUCUAGAUAGAGAAGGGUAUUUGUUCAACCAAAUAAGGGAAGCUCUUAGUCACACAAUGUUCAGUGUGAUUAUGAGGGGGGGGACGGGGGGGGGGGGAUCCUACUAUCAAGGAGCCGGUGCACGGAAUGAAGCUACAAGCAUGCUCAAGACUAGUUGGGCAAGGAAGAAGUCGAUGAGUCGAAGGACAAGGUCCACAAGAGUGAAGUCAAGACAAGGGAUGAUGGGGGAGAAUGUUGUUGGGUCGGUGGCAACCGAAAAGAUGCUUCUUACAAAGGUGAUCAUGGAAGGGACUCCAAGGCCGGUGGAGCUUGACACAAGCGUUGAAGAAGAUGGGUAUCAACAACAAACUCACAAAUGGGUUUUACUUGAGGUGGAGCCUUCAUCACAAGCAAGGUAG